AUGACGGCGGCGAACCGCGAGGCGCGCACUCUCUCCCGGAAGUUGAUCAAGCGCUCCCUGCACGAGUAUUUUCAGCCGUGUCCGACGGCCACACUGACACCACCCAGUGACGAAUCUGACCCCUGGCUGGCGUUCGACUGGCGGACGCGUCGCUACACCUUCCGCCAACUCUACGCCUCCGACACGGUCGUCUACCUGUCGUCCGCGGAAUUCGAAGUAAUCCUCCUUGCCAGGAGCAGGUGGGAACAUUCGCGGUCGCGUUUCUUUGAGAGGAUCGCGGUGCCGCUGGCGCUGUUCCAACGGCAUCCCGAGGCGUUGCGCGUGCUGGGCGAGUACUUCACCCGGCUCAGCUACGUGAUGGUCGUUGUGAAUGAUCUGGAUGACCGGCAGGGGCAGCAGGAGCAGGAGCUGGUGGAGCCACAGCAGCAGCACCAGAAGAAGAAGAAAGGCUGGUGGGUCGAUAUCUCGUACUGGGCGCAGGGGAAGUAUCUUGGGCCGGAUCCGCCCACCGCCGGGGUUGGGGAUUGGAUCCAUGGAGAAAAGGCCAUGUUCACAGCGCAAGUCUACGACACUAUCCAAGAAGCGUAUCGGCGGGUUUACACCUUGGAUCGUUCGCAGCUUCGGAUCCGGCCGGUUCGCGCCUGUCACAAGGAGGCCGGCUGGAUCGGCAUGGCUGCUGGAAGCAGGUAUAGCGGUGUGGACAUGGCCCUCCAGGUCUCGCCGAUCGAGCCCCUUAUGCUGACAGCGCCUCAUGAUCCGGUAAUCAGGUGGGACUUGCGCAAGUAG